GCAGGAGUAGCAUUUGAAACUUGCACAAAUUGAAUUGAAUAAGACCCCCCAACCAGCCAACCUAGAAGCUACAUCCAGACAAAAACAACUAAAAGUAUCCCUAUAGGAGUAAAAUGGAAGGCGAAGCUAGCAGAUUUGAAAUCCACACUCCAGUUUUUAACAAGAAAAAGAAAAAGUAUUCUGUUGAUAAGGAGAGAUAUCAGAAGUGUUCCAGUGAAGGCUUCAGAGACUCCUCUCUGGCAAAUGAACAGUCUCAAAUAACUAAGAGGAAAAAAAAGAGAAAAAAUUUCCAGGAACUUAUUUCUUCUCCCUUGAAGAAAUCAGAAAUCUGUGAUGAAACUGAAAAGGCCAGUUCCACAUCCAAAAAAAAUAAAAAGAGAAGAAACAGUGCUUUGGAGGUAGAUGAGGAAACAGGUGUUACGUAUGUCCUUGUGGAUAAAGAAAACAUUGAAAACAUGCCAAAGAAGAAUUUGGAAAAGGACAUCGAUAUUGUUUAUGUUGAUAUGAGCAAGGAACAAGAGUCAGCAAAAAUGCCUGAAGCAGAUGAAUUGCAUUCAGUAACUAAGUCCUUUAAAAAUGAGUCAGAAGAACUGCAUGAUAAAGUUAGGAGAAAAAAGAAAAAAAAAAGGAAGAGGGAAGAAGCAUCCUGUGAUGUCCAGGAAAACCCAUGUGAGAGCAUUGCCUUGCCCCAGUUGGAAUUACAUGGGCCGGAAUCCCUGCUCUCUGUGGGCCUAGAAGAUGAAAUUACAGACCUACCAGUAUCUGCUGAUAAAAACAAGUCUAAGAAAAAAAAGAAAAAACUUGCACAUAACCAGGAAUAUGAGGCAUUGGCCGUGCCUGAGAUUCUUGAGAAUGUGUACUCUGAAAGAACACAAGUCAUCGGUGAGAUUAGUACUGUAGAAGACAGAGAUGCACUUAGAGAGAUCAAGGAAUCUGGCAGUACAAAGAAAAAGUCUAAAAAAAAGAAGCAAAGGUCUUCUGUUGAAAGUACUGUAGCUUCUCUUGAUGAUUUUUCAGUGCUCAAUAAGAGCUCUGAGAACAUACUCUUUGAUUCACUGGAAAGAAAUGACACCUUGAUUGAACAAGGUGUGAAACCCAGGAUCAAAAAGAAGAAAACCCAAUUCUCUUCGGAAGAGAAUUGUGAGGAAAAGGCACAGAGAUUAGAAUCUGCAAAUGAAGAAGAAGGCAAUUUGGAAUCAGCUAAAGAUUCUGAAACAAAAUAUUUAUCUGAAGAUUCAGGAGAUUCAGAUGACUCAGAUGUAGAUUUGGAUUCUGCCAUAAAGCAGCUUCAAGAAUUUAUUCCUGAUAUAAAGGAAAGAGCUGCCACUACAAUUAAGCGAAUGUAUCGGGAUGACUUAGGACGGUUUAAAGAAUUUAAAGCACAAGGUGUCGCUAUUAAAUUUGGCAAGUUUUCUGCAAAAGAGAAUAAACAGUUGGAAAAAAACGUGGAAGAAUUUCUAUCCCUGACAGGAAUUGAGAAUGCAGACAAGCUGCUGUACACUGACAGAUAUCCAGAGGAAAAAUCAAUAAUCACUGACUUAAAAAGAAAAUAUUCCUUUAGAUUGCACAUUGGUAAGGGCAUUGCUCGGCCCUGGAAACUAGUAUACUAUAGAGCAAAGAAGAUGUUUGAUAUUAAUAAUUACAAAGGCAGGUAUAGUAAAGGAGAUAUGGAGAAGUUAAAGAUAUACCAUUCCCUCCAUGGAAAUGAUUGGAAAAAAAUUGGUGAGAUGGUGGCCCGAAGUAGCCUCUCUGUUGCCCUGAAAUUUUCCCAGAUCAGAAGUCAAAGAAAUCGUGGUACUUGGAGUAAAACAGAAACCCAGAAAUUAAUUAAAGCUGUUGAAGAAGUUAUUCUAAAGAAAAUGUCUCCUGAGGAGUUAAAGGUUAUGGAUUCUAAGCUCCAAGAAAAUCCUGAAAGCCGCUUAUCAAUUGUUCGGGAAAAACUCUACAAGGGCAUAUCUUGGGUAGAAGUGGAAGCUAAAGUGGAAACAAGAAAUUGGAUGCAGUGUAAAAUUAAGUGGACUGAAAUUCUAACCAAGAGGAUGACUAAUGGUCGGGAUGUGUACCAUGGAGUCAAUGCCCUACAGGCCAAAAUCAACCUUAUUGAGAGACUAUAUGAAAUAAAUGUGGAAGAUGCUAAUGAAAUAGAUUGGGAAGAUCUUGCUAGUGCCAUAGGUGAUGUUCCUCCAUCUUAUGUUCAAAAUAAAUUUUAUAAGCUGAAAGCUACCUGUGUUCCCUUUUGGCAGAAGAAGACUUUUCCAGAGAUUAUAGAUUACCUUUAUGAGACCAGUCUACCUUUGCUUAAAGAAAAGUUAGAAAAGAAGAUGGAGAAAGCAGGCACUGAAAUCCAGACUCCUGCAGCACCAAAGCAAGUUUUCCUAUUUAGUGACAUCUUUUAUUGUGAAGACAACAGUGAGGGAGAAGACAUAGAUGAAAACAGUUAAGCAGAGGUUACCAUUUUCUUGUUCUUCUUAGUUUGGUUGUAUGUAUAUACAUAUACAUGUGUCAGCAAACCUAUUUUCAGUGCUGGUGUUUAUUAAAGAAUGUGCAAUUUGAUAAUUUGUAUUAUGCAGCAUUAAAAAUUUAUUAAUGUGUUCAUAUUAAACUUUGAAUGUGAAAAGAAA